CUGCCGCCUGUCCUCCCGGCUGUGCCGCAGUGGACGCCCUUACAGUGGAGCACUGAUUUGGGGGGUUCCUGCUUCAAGGUGGAAUCAGCUGAGCCCUUCCCACUUGUCUCUUUGAAUGGUCGAGGCCUCUUGUUUUCCGCUCACGGCGGCUCUAGUUCUGCCCGGCUCCUGGAGCUUGUUCCUGCUGCUGUUUUCCUGCAAAACCCCCUCAAACCCACCUGUGCUUUCCUCCCCCGCAGUGUGCAAGUACGUGGCGGUGGAGCUGAAAUCGGCUUUCGAGGAGACCGGCAAGACCAAGGAGGUGAUCGACACCAAGUAUGGCUUCCUGGACGGGAAAGGCUCCGCCGUCAAGUACACACAGUCGGAUAUCCGGUUAAUCGAGGUGACGGAGAACAUCUGCAAGCGGCUGUUGGAUUACAACCUGCACAAGGAGAGGAGCGGCAGUAACAGGUUUGCAAAGGGGAUGUCGGAGACCUUCGAGACCCUGCACAACCUGGUGCACAAGGGCGUCAAGGUGGUGAUGGACAUCCCCUACGAGCUGUGGAACGAGACCUCUGCUGAGGUGGCUGACCUCAAAAAGCAGUGCGACGUGCUGGUGGAGGAGUACGAAGACGUGAUCGAGGACUGGUACAGGCACCACCAGACAGAGGACCUCUCCCAGUUCCUCUGCGCCAACCACGUGCUAAAAGGGAAGGACACAAGCUGCCUGGCAGAGAAGUGGACCGGCAAGAAGGGUGACUUGGCAAGCGCCGGGGAGAAGCAGAGCAAGAAAAAGAGCGGGAAGAAGAAGAAGAAGAAGAAGGAGGAGGAGGAGGAGGAGGAGGUGGGUGAGGGAGCUGGCAGCCUCCCGGCGGCUCCCCCGGAGGAGAGCGGGGUGCAGGAGGAGGUUCCCCUCACCCACAGCCCUCCCGAUGAGCUGUAGCCCCCCCCCGCAAGCCCCCCCUCUCCCCCCGGCGCU